AUGGACAAGCUCAACAAUAACAACAACGACAAGGGCGCCGAAGGUGCCGCGAAGAGCGUCACGUCAACCCUCGGCAAUCUCGCUGGAGGCGUUUCGAAGACCGCAGGUGGUGUGGUUGGCGUUGCCGGACGUGGCAUUGGUCAGACAAUCAAUGACACCACUGGGACGAAAGCUGUUGGUGAUGGUCUCCAGGGCGUGACGGAUGGUGUCGAGAGCGGCGCGAACUCGGUGGGGAAGGGCGCGGAGAAUGCUGGGCAGUGGAAGACAUCGUAA